UUGUAAGUGUACAUCGUUGUCCCUUCUGGCGAGGUGUGUGGUCGUUAGAAAGAUUGUUGAGGGUUCUUUGAAAGUGUGGCUUCAGGAAGACAAGGUGCUCUGGUGGUGGGAGAGGGGUUUAACAUUAACCCGCGUCGUUCUGUUUCUCUGGACAAUUCGCAAGGCCAUCCUCUGAGGUUGUGGGCCGACUGUAGUGAGGAGGCCUCCGGCCGGUCUUAUCGCCUGCCAUGGCGCAAGGGCCCAAGUACAAGAUACUGAGGGAACUAGGCCGUGGGAGUUACGGUGUUGUCUACGAAGCGGUGACCAAGACCGGGGUCAGAGUUGCCGUGAAGAAACUGCCGUGUGACUCACCCGUGAACUCCGAGUUGGCUCUGCAGGAGUUCUGGGCUCUGAGUCGGGUGAGGAAAAGGCAUCCGAACGUGAUCUGGCUGGACGAGUGUAUCCUGCAGAGAGACCGGACCAUGCAGAAACUGAGCAGGGGGUCGCUGGAAUCCGACAGCCACCUGCAGCUGGUUGAGACCUGCUUGAAGGGGAAGUGUUGCUUCGAACCCCGGUCCUCCCACUGCCUGUGGUUUGUGAUGGAGUUCUGUGAUGGAGGGGAUCUCAACGACUACCUGCUGAGCCGAGCCCUAGACUGCGGACUCAACCUCCACUUCAUGCAACAGCUGAGCGCCGCCGUGGCUUUCCUGCAUCUCAACGCGAUUGUCCAUCGAGACCUAAAGCCGGACAACGUCCUGGUCGCCAGCAGUCCCGCGGGACCUGUUGUCAAGGUGGCUGAUUUUGGCUUGAGUAAGUGUCAAAGCAAAGGCAGUGUGAGCCAGUGGCAGGUGUCUGAAGCCUGUGGUUCCGAUUUCUACAUGGCCCCUGAGCUCUGGGAAGGGCAGUACUCGAACAAGGUGGACAUCUUUGCCCUUGGGAUCAUCUUCUGGGCCAUGAUGGAGAGACUCACUUUUCGAGAAGCAGAGUCUGAGAAAGAACUGUUGGGCAUGUAUCUAUCUCGAGGACGUCACUUAGUUCCAGUGGGAAAGGCAUUGAUGGAGAAUCCCAGCCUGGAGCUUGCAAUCCCUAUGAAUAGUAAAAGAUCUCUGAGCAAAGGUAUCCAGAAGCUUCUGCAAGACAUGUUGGCUUAUAACCCCCGGGAGCGACCUGAUGCUUUUAGUCUUGGAGCUCAAAUUGAGCAGGUUAUUUUCACCGGAGCAAGGCUGAGGAUGUAAUGGCAAUCAUUGCAGGUUGCUACUUUCCUGCAGUUCUGAAAACAAUGGGAAGAAAUAUUCAUCUGUAUUAUUACAACGGAUUCUGGCUAUUACAACAUAUUCUGUCUUUUGUAUGUAAUUGUUGUAUUGGGUGCAUCGUUUUUUUUCUUUUUUUUGCCUUGCAAGCUGCAGUUCCAUAGAUCUUGAAAGGUUUGUGAUUCUUGAUUCAAAGACUGCUUUCAAAACACUUAUUUCCCCAGAGAGAAGCGAAGGACUUAAUUUAAAAGGCUAGGCUGAGCUUUGAACAGCCACUCUUGUCAAAGAGUGCCUGUUGAAAGUUGGAUGUCAGAGUUCCAGACACUUACUUCACUGACUCGCUAGGAAGCUAAUCAGUUCUGCUGACUUCACCCGGUGCUGCUGAUCAGAAGCCUGGGGUCGGGUCAUCUCCGAGUGGUAAAUUGUCUUCGUACUUGAUCUAUUGUCUAGCUUCCUGGGACCUUUCCUCUUCUCCUGUUGGGUGAAUAAAUAAUUGGUGCUCUUUUGAUCUUUGUGUAUCCAUUUUUGAGGUGGAUGGACUUUGGUGCUUGUUUUCCAGUAACGCUUGCUGUAACUCAUUGUGCAUCUCUAGAUGGCACUACCUUGUGGCAAUUCUGGCUACUUCUGCUUUGUAAUGCUGGAGUAAAGGGCAAAGUAGGGUAAUACAGUGAGUGAAGAAAAGGUUUGAAUAUGUGAUACAGACAUCUGCCCUGGCAUUCCUUUUAAGAAUCUCUCUCGUAGCCUCAGCUGCUCUUGCUUUUGAAUAUGUUGUGCUUUCUUGCUUUUAAAAAUAAUAAUAAUAAUAAUAAUGAGCUUAAGUAAGUUAUCAAUUUUUUGAGUAGAUUCUGUCCUGAGAAUUUGGUGCUUGUGGAUGUUCCGUUCAUGUUU